CUGUGGAACAUGGCGAGAGGGAUGAGAGGAGCUCAUCUCCUCGCUGUACUUUUUACUUUUUCGAGUUUACUUUUCAGGGAUACAGACGGACAAGCCUCUUCUGAUAGCGUGAUAGGUUUUAGUUUGAGUCCUCCGUAUUUCAACCUCGCUGAAGGAUCCCGUAUCUCUGCAACAGCAACCUGUGGGCAGGAUGAGGCUGGGAGAGCGAAAUAUGAAUUAUACUGUAAAAUCGUCGGGGGACCGACUCAUGGACCUCCUACUCAAAAUAUACAGGGUCAAUUUUGUGACUACUGCAAAUCUGAUGACCCAAACAAAGCCUACCCGGUGUCCAACGCCAUUGAUGGGACAGAGCGGUGGUGGCAGAGUCCUCCUCUCUCCAGGGGAGUAAACUACAAUGAGGUGAACGUUACCCUGGACCUUGGGCAGCUCUUCCAUGUUGCGUACAUCCUCAUCAAGUUUGCUAAUUCACCUCGUCCUGACCUGUGGGUGCUGGAGCGAUCUGUAGACAACGGGAGAACCUACACCCCCUGGCAGUACUUUGCACAUUCAAAGCAUGAGUGCCUUCAAAGGUUUGGAAAGAAUCCCAAUGCUCGUGCAGUAAAUGAUGAUGACCAGCUCUGCACCACAGAAUACUCUCGGGUAGUCCCCUUGGAGAAUGGAGAGGUUGUGGUGUCUCUGGUCAACGGAAGGCCAGGUUCCAAAAACUUCACCUACUCGCCGGUGCUGCGAGACUUUACAAAGGCCACAAACAUCCGCCUGCACUUUCUCCGCACAAACACCCUGCUGGGCCACCUCAUCUCUAAGGCUCAGAGAGACCCCACCGUCACACGCAGGUAUUACUAUAGUAUCAAAGACAUCAGUGUUGGCGGACGCUGCGUUUGUCAUGGCCAUGCACAGGUGUGUGGUGGUAACCAUGACAACCCAAACAGACGUCAUUGUGAGUGCCAACACAACACUUGUGGUGACUCAUGUGACCACUGCUGCCCGGGCUUUAACCAAAAGCCAUGGCGUGCUGCAACUUUUGACAGCCCCAAUGAGUGUCAGCCCUGCCAGUGUUUCUCCCAUGCCUUUGACUGUUAUUAUGACCCAGAGGUGGAAAAGAGUGGAGCAAGUUUAGACACCUUCGGCAGGUACGACGGAGGAGGAGUGUGCAUAAACUGCCAGCACAACACUGCUGGAGUUAACUGUGAGAAAUGCAUUGAAGGCUUCUACAGACCUUAUGGAAUACCUCCUGCGUCUCCCAUUGGAUGCAUACCCUGCAGAUGUGAUGAAAGGACUACAGCUAACUGUGAAAUGGGAUCUGGAAGGUGCAUCUGCAAACCACAAUUCUCUGGAGACAACUGUGAUCGCUGCGCUGAUGGAUACUAUUACUAUCCUCAAUGCAUUCGGUAUCCCGUAUACCCGACGACCACCAAAUCCCCUGCAGGACCCAUUGUGGGCCCCUCUGCCUGCCCUCCGGGUUAUUUUGGCUCACCCAGCUGUCAGCAGUGUAUAUGUGACUACAGAGGGACCGUGUACGGGGUGUGUGAUGCUUCAGGACGCUGCCUGUGCCGUCAGGGUGUGGAGGGGGAGCGAUGUGACCGCUGUCGACCAGGAUACCACUCCUUCCCAAACUGCCAGGCAUGUCGUUGUGAUGGAGCUGGUGUAGCUAACAGUGACUGCAGUCCGAGCGGCCAGUGUGUUUGCCUCCACAACUAUGGGGGGCAAGAGUGUGAUGAAUGUGCACCAGGGUUCUAUGGAUACCCAGACUGUGCUGCCUGCCAGUGUUCACAGGAAGGCUCGUAUGGCAACACAUGCAACCCACUGUCAGGUCAGUGCCUGUGUCUCCCUGGGGUUGUAGGCCAGCAGUGUGACCACUGUGCUUCUGGACUCAGGUUCCCCCACUGCUCAGCCUCCAUCAGUCAGUGUAAUCCAGCUGGAACUGACAGCACUGAUCCUCAAACGGGAUCCUGCCGCUGCUUACCAAACAUAGAAGGAACCUUGUGUGACAGGUGUAAGCCUCUAUACUGGAAUCUGGUAAAAGACAACCCUCAUGGCUGUAUAGAGUGCCAGUGUGAUGUGAAAGGGACCCUGAGUGGUGUUGGGGAGUGUGAACAGAGAGGUGGACAGUGUUACUGUAAGCCUCGUGCAUGUGGACAUACGUGUGACACCUGUAAGGAUGGUUUCUUCCUGCCACAGAAAAAGAAUUAUUUUGGUUGUCAAGGUUGCCAGUGUGAUGUAGGUGGUGCCAUUGACAGGGCCUGUGAUGAGGUGUCGGGUCAGUGUCGGUGUCGGAAAAAUAUAGUUGGCCGUAAAUGCACUGAGCCAGCACCAAGCUACUAUUUUCCCACUCUCCAUCAACUGAAGUUUGAGGUAGAGGAUGGCACCACACCAAAUUCCAGACCAGUCCGCUUUGGUUAUAAUCUCCAAGACUUCCCAGAUUUCAGCUGGAGAGGUUAUGCUGUACUUUCCUCUGUACAGAAUGAAGUCAGAGUAACAGUGCAUGUUGACCCAAAAGAUGGGAGGCAGCAUUUAUACCGUGUGGUUCUGCGGUUCACUAACCCAAGCAGCAGCAGUAUGACUGGUAGAAUCAAGGCUACCAGUACCAGAGGCACUGCAGGGUCAGAGCAGAGUAAGGAAGUAAUAUUCCCAAGGAGUCCUUCCCCAUCCUUCCUCACUGUCCCAGGAGAGGGCUUCGCUGAGCCCUUUGCAUUGACCCCUGGGAAAUGGAUCAUUCACAUAAGAGCAGAGGGGAUUCUGCUGGACUAUUUAGUGCUGUUACCUCGGGAUUACUAUGAAGCACCACUGCUUCAGGAACAGAUCACCCAGCCCUGCACAUACUUACCCACCGCAAACAGGAACACAAACUGUCUGUUAUAUAAGCAUGUAGCCAUGGAUGGGUUUAGCUCUGUGCUGGGCUCGCAGGGAGUACUCUCCAACCGGAACGGGCGCAGGAAGAGACAGGCUCGUGUGCAACGUCCUACACCGGAUCACCCUGAGAUGGCUGCUCUUAAUGGGAGACAGUCUCAACUCCAGCUCAGUUUACGUGUACCCCAUCCUGGUUUAUACGCUUUUGUCCUGGAGUAUGCCAGUGAGGUGGACAGUGUCCAAAAUGUCAACAUACUCAUUAAUGGCCAACCAGGUGGCCAGAUCCAAGCCAGGGCCAACAUUUACAGCUGCGCUUAUAGUUUUUUGUGCCGGAGUGUGGCGGUGGACAGCAGUAAUAAGGUGGCGAUGAUGCAGCUUACUCAUAAGACAGAGUUUCUACUGCAAACUUCCACAACCUCAUUCCUGCUGUACAAAGUGUAUGCAGUGCCAGCAGAAGAAUACUCCAUUGAGUAUGUAGAGCCCAAGGUGCUAUGUGUCUCCACCCAUGGCCACUACACUGAAGACAGUCGCCACUGUGUUCUGAGGCAGUUCAACAAACCACCUUCAGCCCGGAUUUUGUAUGCAGCCCGUGAUGGGAAGCUAUCUUCUGUAUCGGCUGUUGCUCCCCAGCAAGUAUAUUAUGAAGAUGGGAGACGGAGACGACAGUCAGGGGUGUUCCCUGUCCGUGAACCUCAUAGCGAUGGGGUACUGCUUAAAUUCCCUCAGACGGAGAUUAGUUUCACCCCUGAGGUGCCCCUGCCUGGCAGGUAUAUGGUAGUGGUGCAUUAUCACCAGCCUGAACAUAUCUCCUUCCCUGUGGAGGUCCGGGUGGAUGCAGGACAUUCCUGGAAGGGUUCUAUAAAUGCAUCAUUCUGCCCUUCAGUCUCAGGAUGCAGAGAGGUAGUCGUCGCUGAUGGGCGCGUGGCUCUUGACUUUGACAAGCAGCCCUGGCAGCCGCCAAGCAUCUCUGUGAUUGUGCCACAUAGGAAGACCCUUAUUUUGGAUUAUAUCAUGUUGGUUCCUGAUAACAGUUACACGCCAGAUCUCCUGAAAGAGAAGCCGCUGGAUAAGUCUGCAGAUUUCAUACAGCAAUGCAGAGGAGAAGGGUUCUAUAUUGACCCCAGAACAUCAUCUCAGUUCUGCAGGGAAUCUGCCCGCUCACUUGUAGCAGCUUAUAAUGAUGGAGCCCUGCCUUGCAACUGUGACAAAUCUGGCUCUACAAGGACUACCUGUGAUCCAGUUGGGGGACAGUGUCCCUGCAGGCAGCACAUCAUUGGUAGGAAAUGCACAAAGUGUGCCACAGGAUACUAUGGCUUCCCCUACUGCAGACCUUGUGAGUGCGGCCAACGAUUGUGUGAUGAAACGACAGGAAGCUGCAUCUGCCCUCCUCAGACAGUCAAACCAACAUGUGAUGCUUGUCAGAGAGAGACUUUCAGCUACCACCCUUUGGUGGGCUGCGAGGCCUGUGAAUGUUCUCCAACUGGCAUCAAAGAAAAUACAGGGCGUGACUGCGAUCGUGUCAGCGGACAGUGCAGUUGCAAGCCUAGGAUUGGUGGACGGCAGUGUGAUCGUUGUGCUGCAGGUUAUUAUCGCUUCCCUGAUUGUUUAUCUUGUGACUGUAACCAUGGUGGUGUCGCACCUAACGUGUGUCACCCAGACACUGGGAGGUGUCUCUGCAAGAGAAAUGUUGCUGGUGUGAGGUGUGAAAUCUGUCGGGAAGGUUCCUUCUAUUUUGACCCCUCUACUCCUCAUGGCUGUACCAGUUGCUUCUGCUUCGGAGCCACUGACCAGUGUCAGAGCUCCAGCAAGCGCAGGGGGAAGUUUGUUGAGAUGCGUGGCUGGCAUUUGGAAAGCCCCGAUCAGGAGGAGGUGCCAUCUGUGUUGAACACAGCCAGUAACACAGUGGUGGCAGAUAUCCAGGAACUUCCUCCCACUGUUCAAAAUCUACACUGGGUGGCGCCAUCAUCCUACCUAGGAGAUCGGGUUUCAUCUUAUGGUGGUUACCUUACCUACCAGUCCAAAUCCUUUGGCAUUCCCAGGGAGGGGAUGGGUCUAAUGGACAGAAGACCUGAUAUCCUGCUGACUGGCCAGGAAAUGACCCUGAUCCACAUGGCUCCACAUGUCCAGUCUCCAGACAGACUGUAUCAGGGUAGAGUCCUGCUCAUAGAGGGAAACUGGCGCCACGCUGGCACCAACAGGCCUGUGUCCAGAGAGGAACUGCUGAUGGUCUUAGCCGGUCUGGUGGAUCUGAGGAUCCGAGCUUUGUACUAUACACAAAGCCAGCGGCUCAGUCUAGGAGAGGUGGGCUUUGAGGAGGCCACUAAAAAUGGGACUGGAGGUCCUGGAAACAAUGUGGAAAAUUGUUCCUGCCCACCUCAGUACUCCGGAGACUCUUGUGAGAAAUGUGCUCCUGGAUACUACAGAGAUGGCAGUGGGCCUUACCUGGGCCGAUGUGUGCCCUGUGACUGCAAUGGUCUGGCUGAUGAGUGUGAAGACAAGACAGGGAAGUGCCUGAACUGUCAGCAUAACACAGCUGGGGACCGGUGUGAACACUGCAAAGAAGGUUUCUAUGGAGACGCGUCUCAGAGGACAUGCAGAGUGUGCCCAUGCCCAUUCAGUUCACCCACAAACAGUUUUGCAGUAGGUUGCAGACAGAACGGUGGAGACUUCCAGUGCAUAUGCAGAACAGGAUACACUGGAGACAGAUGUGAGAGGUGUGCUUCUGGUUUCUAUGGUGACCCACUAACACCAGGAGGAAGUUGUCGGCCCUGUAAUUGCAAUGGCAAUGGCAACAAUUGUGAUCCAAGGACUGGAGUUUGUAAGAACACACUGGAGCCAGGAGACACAAACACUGAUGAGCAAUGCUCAGAGUGUGAUAAUUGUGCUCAGACUUUACUAAACGAUCUGGAGAAGCUGGAAGAUGAGAUGGGAAAGAUCAAGGCUCAGCUGGACAAUGCCUCUGCCAGCGCCUCCUCUCAGGACAGGCUGAAGAAGUUGGAGAAGGCCGUGGCAGACACUAAGAUUCUAGUGAACAAAUUCAGCUCCUCUGUCACCAACCAAAAGUCCAGAGUCAGCCAGCUGGAAGAUGACAUGGACACUCUUUCAGAUGACAUCAGCUCGCUUAAAGAUAAGGCAGAUGAGAGGGCCGCUGAUGCUGACAGGGCAGUGGAAGAUAUUGAAAAGACCCACAAGAGGGCUAAGGAUAUGGACUCAGAUAUUAAAAACAUGCUCAAGAAAAUCCAAGCUCUGCUUGACCAACUGAAGGAGGCAGGCACCAGCGGUGAUAUACUGCCCAAUGAAAACCUGGUUAAAAUGCUAAAGGACGCUGAGCGCAUGGUGAAUGAGAUGAAGAACAGGAACUUCACCCCACAGAAGACUGCUGCUGAUAAAGAAAGAGAUGAGGCCAAGAAAUUGCUAGACUACGUCAUGGAUAAUGUAAGUAAGCAGUGUGACCAGAAUGAGGCAGCAGCAGACAAGAUUCGGGGCCUGCUGAAGGCUUACGACACCAAGCUAAAGGACCUGGACAAGGCUUUGAAGGAGGCGGCUGAUAUGGUGAAAAAAGCCAAUGCCCAGAAUGGACUCAAUUCUCAGGCACUAGGAGACCUGCAGAAACGUAUCACUGACUUAAAGAAAGAAAAGAAGACCGUUGAGGACCAAAUGGCCAUGGCAAAGAAUGAGCUGCAGAAAACAGAGGAUUUGGUGAAAAAGCUAACAGACAGUAAAAUGGAGUAUGAACAGCUGGCUGCACAGCUGGAUGGUGCCAAGACUGACUUGACCAAAAAGGUGAAUGAGAUUGCCAAGGCAGCAGCCAAAGAGGACAUUGUGGAGGCAGCAGAGGAGCAUGCCAAGAACCUCAACAAGCUGGCUAAGGAACUUGAGGAUGCUGUGCAGACGGCAAGUGGACGUACUGAAGUGCGUAAUGCCAGAGAUGCCAUUGAUGCCUACAAGAACAUCACAGAUGCAAUCAAUGCUGCUGAGGCAGCCGCUAAUGAGGCAAAAGAUGCAGCAGACAACGCAUUGAAUAAUGUAAAAAACCAGAAACUUACAGAAAGAGCAAAAGAACUGAAAGAGACAGGCACUGACCUGCUGCAGAAUGCACAAGAGGCAGAGAAAGACCUUAAAGAUGCCACCGAAGACCUCACUGCUGUGAAGAAGCGCCUGGAGAAUGCUGAAGAGAAGAAGAAAGCACUUGAGAAAGACCUUCUUGAUGCACAGAGACAAUUGAAUGAUGUUAAAAGAGAUGACAUUGGUAAUAUGAUCGAUGAGGCCAAGAGGAAGGCAGCUUCAGCUAAUGUCUCGGCCAGUGCCACGAUGGACACACUGAAUGACCUCAGGAAGGAAAUUGACAAGAUCAGUGUCGCCCCUGUGGAUCCCAACCUAAACAAUAUAUUGGAUGGUGUAGACAAGACAGUGAAGAACUUGUUGGACACCAUUCCAUCUCUGAAUGAUAAGAUCUCAGAGGUGGAGAACCUGACCUCACAGUUCUCACCUGUGACCAACAUAACUGAGAAUAUCAAGAAGAUCAAAGAGCUGAUUGAAAAUGCCCGGGAUGCAGCUAACAGGAUUGUGAUCCCAAUGAAGUUCACAGGAGUGGGCCAUGUGGAGUUGCGUCCACCAAAUAAUCUGGAGGAUCUGAAGGCCUACACAUCCAUGUCUCUGUCUCUGCAGAGACCUGCAGGCAGAGGAGAUGGAAACCGCAGACGCAGACAGAGUGGAGACACAGGAGACAUGUUUGUGUUGUACCUUGGCAAUAGAGAUUCCUCAAAGAACUACAUAGGUAUGGCUCUGAGGGGCAAUGUGCUGUACGGUGUCUAUAAGCUCAAUGGAGUCGAAUACGAGAUGGAAACAGGUUCAAUCACCAUGUCUGCAAGUGAGCCAGCCAAGUUUGAUAAAGUGGAUCUUCGCAGAAUUUAUCAAGAUGCAGAGAUGAUCCUCACCAAAGAUAUCACGUCAAACAAACCUGCUGAUCCAAUUAAGAGCAAUAAGCAAGGAGAAGAGACGCAAAACCUUCUGGACCUCAGCCCCAGUGACAUUGUUUUCUACGUCGGAGGCUAUCCUGACAACUUCACUCCACCAAGUUCUCUGAACUACCCCAAGUACAAAGGCUGCAUUGAGUUCUCUUCCUUUAAUGACAAAGUCGUCAGCCUCUAUAAUUUCCAAAAGGCAGAGAACGUCAACAGGGAGACUCCAUGCAAGAGGUAUGUACCUCCAUUGGACUCUGACUACUAUGAAGGCUCUGGAUAUGGCAAAGUGGUUAUAGAGCCAGUAUCAGAACUCCUGACCCUCAUUAGCAUGACUAUCUACACUCGUUCAGAAAAUGGUCUGCUCUUUUACAUUGGAAAUGAGGGCGAAUACUUCACUCUGACAAUGGAGAAGGGUUCUGCUUUACUACGUUCUAACCUGCUCAAAGAACCAGCUACAAUAGCUGAAAAGAUAUUCCCACCAAAGGAUUGGACAGAUAUCCUCUUCAUUAUUCGUAAGGGCAUGUUUAUAGUCCGCAUAGGCGGCGGUAAGACGUGGGAAUUCAAAACUCAGUACGGCAACUUUAAAGAAUACUAUGUCGGUGGUGCACCACCAGAAUUGAGGGAAAGGUUUAAUGUCACCAUACAACCUUUCAAAGGCUGCAUGAAGAAUUUGAAGCUGAAUAGAAACUUUAAACCUCUUGAUGAGCAAGUGGGCAUCAGCAAAGGUUGUCCCAAGGAGUCCCUGAUUACUCGUAAAGCAGAGUUCAGCUUGGGAAGUUCCCUGUCAUAUACACUCGAAGGCUUCAACUUGGCUAAUGACAUCACUGUGUCCCUUGGAUUCAAGAGCACAGAGAAUCAGGGUCUCAUUCUACAGAACAAACAGCUGGCUAACGGGAUAAAUCUUGCAUUGGAAAAUGGCUACGUGAUUCUGUCGUUUAAUAACAAGAUGUGGAAAUCUAGCAAACAGUACCACGAUGGCCAGUGGCAUUAUUUGACUGUGACCAGUAGAGCUGGAAGGAUUGACUUAAAUAUUGAUGAUGAAGAUAAGGGUCAACAGCAGAGUGGCAGCACUUCCAUACGUGAAACAGGAGGCCUCGUGUACCUGGGUAGAGAAAACUUCAAUGGCUGUAUUUCCAACCUCUACACAAGACGGCCAGGCAAUCUGUACCAAGCUGACGACCUCAGCGUAUUCAAUGCUUCUGGUGAUGUCCUGCUAGAUGUGUGCACUACUGACAACCCUGUCCAACUGAUGCUGGACCGCAUCUCUAAGAAGGAUGGUGAGAAGCCAGCAAUGAAUGAGAGUGUAUCACCGUGUGCACUACCGGCCCAGGUUAAACAUGGUUAUUGUCUGGGGGGGGCCGUUAGCAGCCUCAGCUACAGCCUUCCGCUGCAGCCCAAGCCUCACUUCUCACUUGAUGUCAGGACUCGAUCUCCUGAGGGUCUGCUGUUCUUCGCUGCUACCAGAGGAGGGCGCUCUCAUCUUGCUUUAUACAUGUCCAAAGGCAGGAUCAGAUUGUCUAUAGGCGAAGAAAGGGAGAUCUUCAACCGGGAGAAGUACAAUGAUGGAAAGUGGCACUCGGUUAUAUUCAGUUUGGAGAAGAAGAAAUUCAGAUUGGUUGUAGAUGGGAUCAGAGCCCAGGAUGGACAGAUGACAAAUGCUGAGUUCCUAUCCAUGCAGCAGUUCCUCUUACCUGUGUACUUGGGUAGUGCCCCAGAGUCCCUUCAUAAAGCAUUAAAGUCGAAGGCCCUUCCAAAGCAAAGUGUGUCUGGCUGUAUCCGUAAUUUUAAAAUGAAUGGAGCACCAAUGUCAAAUCCAUCCUCGAAUCGUGGGGCUGGUCCCUGCUUUGAGGGACAGACACAACGAGGGGCUUAUUUCUCAGGGAAUGGUGCACAUGUCAUUAUCAAUGACUCUUCUGUUGUGGGCUCCAGCUUUGAGCUGCUGUUCAAUAUUCGUCCUAGGACUGAAACUGGACUCCUGUUGCAUGUUGGUGAUUUGAGCAGGACCCAGCAUGGAUCUGCGAUGGGCCACUAUCUCAGUAUUUACAUGCUCAGAGGAGAGGUAGUAGCACAGGCGAACAAUGGAAAAGGAGAAUUCAUGGUGUCGGUGAAGCCAAAAACUACAUUAUGUGAUGGGAUGUUUCAUAAAAUUUCAGUGAUCAAGAGAAAAAAUGUUGUACAACUGCAUGUGGACACAUUGGGUAAUCACAAGAUUGGACCACCAAUGUCCACUACUACGUUGACCAAAGACCCCCUGUAUGUGGGUGGCAUUCCUGAGAGGUCAAUGCGACAGAUGCUACCAGUCACCUCGUCCUUUGUGGGAUGCAUCCAGGACAUGAAGAUAAAUGGCGACUCAGUCUCCUUCAACAGGUUGUCUGGUGUGUUCGGUCGAGUCAACCUCAGAGAGUGCCCGGCCUAAACAAAUGCGUCUCACUACAUCAUCACAAACCUUGGGACCAGGUCCACCGUCAAACAUGUGCAAUCUGUUCUGAAGACAGAGAAUGUGUUUAUGUGUAAGAAUAUAUAUAAUAUGAGGAGUGUGCGUGUGUGCGUGUGU